AUGAUGUUCCUCUCGCUCCUUUGGUCGCUCCUCUUCCUGCCUUCGGUCGUCUUGGCCGCCUUCGGCUGGACUGACAACGGCUCCGAGUACGUCAUCGACAGCGGCGCCGACUUGGUUAUCAAGGUCACCAAGUGUUGCGGUGACAUCUCCUCGCUCAAAUUCAAGGGCGUCGAGUACAACGGCUGGGGCGGCAAGAACAGCCACGUCGAGUCCGGGCUGGGAGCCAGCACCGUAAGCAUCGCGAGCUACAGCAACGUUAUCAAGGUUUCGGUCGUCCACGGCACACUUAGGCACUGGCUAUUCGUCCGUUAUGGAAACAACAACGUCUACCUCUUCACAAACAAGGCCGACAACUCCAUCUCCGCCAUGCGUUACAUUGUCCGCAUCAAGGGCGGAUUGUUCUCACACGCCUCAACCGAAAGUGAUUUCUACGACGGCGGCAGCAGCAUCAUCGAGGCCCAGGACAUCAACGUCAACAGCGCCGGGCUGACCAAGAGCAAGCACUACCAGGGCUCCAACUAUGGCCGGACCAUUGACUACGAUUACGUCGGGCGUAAGAAGAGCGGCGUCGGUCUGUUCAUGAUCCGAAGUAAUCAUGAGAUAAGUUCUACCGGCUCGACGCAUGUAACCCUUCUCCGUGCUAACACACAACACAAGGCCUCGGGCGGCCCCUUUUUCAGAUCUCUGGUGCGUCGCGCCGACCCCACCGGCGAGGACUUGUAUGACAUCUACUAUUACAACAUGGGUCACACCGACCCCAUGCGCACUGGUCUCCAGGGCCCCUCGGUCCUGGCCUUCACUUCCGGCGAGGAUCCUAACAGCAAUCUCUUCGCUCGCAAGGCUGACUGGUCCUGGUUUGAUGACAAGGGCCUUAACGGCUGGGUCCCUGCUUCUGGCCGCGGCUACGCUUCUGGCGUUGGUCUCGCCAACAUGAAGUCCGGCAAGACCUACGUCGUCGGUCUGUCAAACUCCGUUGCGCAGUAUUGGGGAACCGCGGGCGCCGGUGGCGCCUGGUCCAUCGCCAAGGUCAUACCCGGCACCUACACCCUGACUGUCUACAAGGACGAGCUUGAGGUCGCAACCUCGUCCGUCACCAUCAAGGCCGGCGCCGGCACUGCCGUCAACACCAUUACUUGUGUCGACCCGCAGGAUGAUGCCACCAUUUGGCGCAUCGGCGAGUGGGAUGGAACCCCCAAGGGCUUCUUGAACUUCGAGGAUACCCCCCUGAAGCUUACUUACAUGCACCCCUCGGACAGCCGAAUCUCCACCUGGAACGCCGGAAACUUCAUUGUCGGCACGCACGGCGCCAAUCGCUUCCCCGGCUACAUGUGGAAGGAGGUCAACAGUGGCUACAUCAUCUACUUCAAGCUCACGGCCGACCAGCUUAAGUCGGGCCACACAGUACGCAUCGGCCUCACCGAGGCCUACAUCGGCGGCCGCCCCGCCAUCAACGUCAACUCAUGGGCCUCGCCCCUGCCCGCCGCCACCACGCAGGCCAGCACCCGCUCGUUGACUGUCGGCACCUACCGGGGUAACAAUGUCAAGCUGACCUACGCCGUGCCCCAGUCCGCCUGGGUCCAGAGCACGAGCGAGUGGCAGAUCCUCACCAUCAACAUCAUCAGCGGCAGCUCCGGCACCAAGUUCCUCAGCCCCGGUGUCAGCUUCGACGCCCUCGAGCUUCUGCCUUGA